CAGCGUAGUGCCACGGUUGUGCUCUCGUGAAAACGGAACCCAGCAAGGCCCAGCAGCUUUCCUGUUCUAGUGUAGUGUUGUAGUUCCAGAUAUAUAGCCAGUAAACCAGUCAAACACACUCACACUCGUGUACGCAUACAUCCAUCAGUCGUCACCCGCCGUACGGUAUAUAGUGCAAAAAGGAAGAAGAAAGUUUUUGUUCCGUUCGAAAGAGCAAAAGAGAAAGACGAGACCGAAAUUGAUUUUUUUUUCUGCCUGGAAAUUUCUUACUGGCUGCCGCUGCUACAUCCAUCAGAAGUUAAUUGAUAUUCGCAGUUUCGCACAAGUUUUAUACCAUAAUCGUCAAUCGUUGCGGAAGAGCUGGUGUGUGAACUUGUUUGUUUUUGGUGACAUUUUUGGAGUUGGUUAAAAAUAAAAGAUCGCGAAAAUCAAGUGAAGCUUGACGACGUAGCCGUGACCGCGACGGAAAAUUGCCAAAUUCGGAAGUGAAUAUUAAGAAGCGUGUGCAACGGUGAACCUGCACGCGGCCGAAGAAAUUUUUUGAGUGAAAACAAGUAAAAAAGAACAGCCUCAAAAUUACGACUUCAAUCAUGACCAACAAAGUGCUAGCAGCCGUACAAGAUCUACAAAAACAAAAUGGCGAAUCGCAGAAUACUACUGCGGCGUCGUCCGGGUCGGAUACGGCUCGGACGAAUCUGAUUGUCAACUAUCUGCCCCAGACAAUGACCGAGGAGGAAAUCCGGUCACUGUUUUCGAGCGUGGGUGAAGUUGAAAGCGUCAAACUAGUGCGUGACAAAAACGUAAUUUACCCGGGUCAACCGAAGGGGCAAAGUUUAGGAUACGGCUUCGUGAACUUCCACCGAUCCCAGGAUGCCGAACAGGCCGUAAAUGUGUUGAAUGGAUUACGCUUGCAGAACAAAGUGCUGAAAGUUUCUUUUGCAAGACCGAGUUCGGAAGGAAUCAAGGGAGCUAAUCUUUACAUUUCCGGUUUGCCAAAAACCAUCACACAAGAGGAAUUGGAGACGAUUUUCAGACCGUACGGCGAAAUAAUCACGAGCCGUGUGUUGGUCCAGGAGGGCAAUGACAAACCGAAAGGAGUUGGAUUUAUCAGAUUCGAUCAACGUAAGGAAGCUGAGCGCGCUAUUGCUGCUCUGAAUGGAACAACACCGAAAGGAUUGACCGAUCCCAUAACGGUUAAAUUCUCGAAUACCCCUGGACAGAAUACGGCCGCAAAGAUUGUGCAACCUGCUCUGCCGACCUUCCUGAACCCACAGCUGACCCGCCGGUUGGGAGCUAUCCAUCAUCCAAUUAACAAGGGAUUGGCCCGUUUUUCACCGAUGGGAGGAGAAGUGUUGGAUAUGAUGCUGCCGACCGCACCGACUACGGGAAUCGGCGCAAUCGCACCGUCUGGUGGAUGGAGCAUCUUUAUCUACAACCUAGCACCGGAAACCGAGGAGAAUACCCUGUGGCAGCUAUUCGGCCCGUUCGGUGCCGUGCAGAAUGUGAAAGUCAUCAAGGAUUCGGCGACAAACCAAUGCAAAGGAUACGGCUUCGUCACGAUGACCAACUACGAGGAGGCAAUGUUGGCGAUUCGAUCUCUCAACGGAUACACCCUUGGCCAACGGGUGUUACAAGUCAGCUUUAAAACCAACAAAGCAAACGCCGAAAUGGCCGAUCAUUAAAAUGAAAGAAACCCAUUGCAAUUGAGAGGAGGGUGAGAUAUAUAUCAAACGCAUCGAGACGACACCCUCCUUCGGAAAGGAAACAAAAGUCAAUCAAACUCCCCCGCAUCAAGACACGAGUACUGUCGGUGCAAUAAAUAUUCCACGAACACAGACAUGAAAUAUGUAACUACAAUCGUGCAUAAGCCGCGAUUUAAAACAGACACAUAGAUUGUGAGGAGGGAGUAGGCGGUGGAAAAGCGUACUACGCGGCUUGAGCGAGGGGUGCGAUUUUCUUCGAGGGGUGCGUCGCGAUUGAGUUUGAUAUUUUCCAGCCUUGCACCUCUCGUUUCCUAUCGACCGUCGCGUGCGCUGCGCAUGCGGAGGAUCGAAGAAGCAUCCAGCCGCCAGAAUAUUCGCAACCCCCUACUACUACACAACCCUACAAAUGAAGCGCAAAAGAUGAGAGGCAAAGCGAAUCUUCACAGAACACAGAAACAGAGAGGUUCGCUUUGGAAGAGCGAGAUACUGCCGCGAAAAAAUAAUCAAGUAUGUGUGCUUUUACCCAUUUUUAAACAUUUUCUUAAAGCUAAGAUUGGCGAUUUAGCGUUCCCUAAAGAGGACGAAGAAGAAAGAGGGCAAUCACAAAAAAUGCACCGCAAAGAAUAACCGAAAAUAGUUAAAUUACUGUCAAGGAUUCUGUACGAAACUUUUUUAAAACGUAAGUUUGUAAUUUAAUCAGUGGUGCACAGCAAAUCCUUUUUAAUUGAAUUUCAUUCACAAUUUAUGAGAAUCGUUUCAAGUUUUCUCCCCAUUCUUCCCUUCUUAUCAUAACAACGCAAAAUCGCCAAUAUUUUUCGAGCAACACAUCCCAACUCGCUCUUAUUACAUUAGGCUAUAGUAGGCUAGGUGCACUAAUCAAAAAUGAAUGUUGGCUUCUCAUCGACUUGGAAGUAUUUUAGAAUGAGAGAUUAUUCAGCUUCUCUGCGGAUUAAAGCAAGCGGUGGGCAAAUACUCUGCUAUCGAGUGUUGCUGUAAACCGUUUAUUCGUGUAUUUGUUCAUAUUUGCUUCCAUCCAUCAGAGUAGGCGAUUAAUUAGCGACUCACGCGCGACUACUCUCGUUUGUUCUCUAUUUCUUAAGUCUAUUUACACGAAAUGCGCAGCUGGAAAAGUGGUGAUGAUAAUGUGCGAUGAGAUCAGUACCAGAAGCUGGGAGUGCGCUGAUGCUCGUUUAGGUUGGACUAAAUGUGUAGCGAGAAAAAAGGCAAAAAAGCGUGUAAUUUGAACAUUCUUGGUCGUCUUCAACACGUCGUUCCGAGGUCGUUGCGGUAAACGAACAACCCUUGAGAGACAUUGUUCGAACAUUUUUGAGAGGCUUCCCGAAGUAUGGAAGAAUGAGGCUAUAUUAUAGAAGUUAACGUUACACGUUUCUUUUUCGUUCCUGUGUGUGGCGAGGAAGCGAAAUGUGUGAGCUUUUACAACAAGAACAAAAAUGGCUUAUAUCCGUUCUAUUUAACACGUUGAUGACGAAAACGACGAUCAAUAAGUAACUAUAACACGACCUACAGGAAAACCACUGUUGGUCGAACAGAAAGCUGAAAACUGAAACACGAAAAUCUAGUCAAAAGAAAAAGAAAAAAAACUUUUACAACAAAGCAUAGUAGGCAGAAUAGGAUCUUUUACGCGUUAGUCUUAAAUGUCCCCUUAUAAAGUAAACACAUAUGUAACCAGGCUGGAACUACAACAGCGUGGACAGAUAUUUAUUAAAGGAAAAUGUGUAUCAAAGGGCGGGAUGUAGAUGAAAGUGGUACUACUGCAAUAUUUUUCAAAGAAAAUGGAACUUUUUUCAUCCCUCUCACACGUGCGGGAAGCCGGAUCGUGAAAGCAAGCCUGCUGGCAGAAAUACGCAUGAUACACGCAAGAAAAUAGUAAGAUUAAAUUAAUAUUUUAGGAAAAUUUUAUUUAUUUUACAACUUAUUUAUUGAUGACGAUGGAAGGUGGCUUUGAGACUAAACGAAACAAGCUAAACUCUUCAAGCUAUUAGAACACGCGAAAGACGGAAAGCAAAUAAUGAAGAAACAAACCUACAUACGAAAGGAUCUCAUUUUAGCAUAUAAAACAAGUGCAAACAGGUUGGGUUUGACGAAAACGGUAAACGGAAGCCAUUAAUUUAGUGAAAUUGAGCGAGUGAGCCUAAUAACUGCAGAUUAAUGAGACAUAACUUAACCAUAGAGAAAGAACGCGCAAAUGGAAAGAGACACAAAACGAACGACAGAUGAAAAACGUACUUAGAAAAGAAGAAACUGUUGAGACAGUUAGAAAGAACAAAUAUAAAUCAUCAAAUUUUCAGUUCCAAAGAACCUAGUGAAGAUAAAGUAGAAUCACUGACUUGUUUACUUUCGGCAGUAGCUGCCACCGAUGUUCUUUUUGUUUUUAUUGACGGAAACGUCGGUCAAGUUUCGAAAAUUUCUUCUUCAAAACGAUAGACUUUUAUACAAACAAGACAGAACAUCUUGAGCCCACCAUCGAACGCGAUUUCGUUUUUGUGUGGUCUUUGUUGAAUAGCGAAAUUGGUACUAAACUUGUUGUGGUGCACCUUUCUCGGCUAGAAGCGAAUCCAGAAAGUGUUGCAUCAAUUGGUGAAAAAAAAACAUUUUGUUUACGACUUUGAGAGCGAACAUAACCCAGAACAGUAAUAAUAUUAGUCAAAAAGUAUUAAAAGCCUGAUAUGAAGGUAUAUUAACCGUAAAGAUACAAGAAUAUUCAAAGGAUAACAACUAUUGGAAUGAGCAACAAAAUAAGCAUAAUAAUGCCGCACAGUAAUUUUUAAGGUGAUCGUAAGACAAGUUAUUGAUAUACACAAAUUCUGCUCCUUUACCAGAUACCCACAAAGAAGGAAAAAUAGAUCAUUGUGGCAUAGUAACAGAAAUACUCCCCAUCCCAUUUCUCACCAGGAAUAUAUUGAUAUUAUAUGUAUAGAGGAAAUGUGAGAUAGGAAGAGAGAAUAGUGACACAGACAGAAUUUUAACAUGUCAAUCUUUCUUUUGUUGUAUCGACAUUUUAUAUGGUUUUUCUACUUUAUUUUCAAACCCUAGAUUCGUUUAUGACUUUGGUUUAAAAUAAUUCCGCUUCGUUCUAUUCCCUUGGGCAGUGGUUCCACGAAUGUCUAGCAUUUAAAGCAACAAAAACAAAUCUUAUUUGUGAUUUCUAGUCCAAGCUAGCGCCUACCUCGCGCUAGCGCCAAUUGUAUAAGAACUUUCCCGUGGAAUCAAGUCUGGUCAGGGGAAAACAAGCGAAGAAAAUACAACACCCGAAUCUAUUCCAUACAACUGUGAUACAAGCAAAACAAGAAAAACCUACUUUUAAGAAAACAAAACAACAAAUACACGCAGAAAAAUUGCAAGCAAGAAUGUGUUGAUUUGACACUGCCCCAUCCAAGUGCACACGGUUUUUGCUUUUCAACACCGCAGUCUCUCUGAGGCGACCGAUUGGCACUCGGUGCACAGUGUCGCCGGUUUAUUCAGUAUUUUUAGUUCUCGCUAAGAGAUUUUUCCAUUCCCCCCCAAUCUUCUCUCUUCGCCGUGACGGCACCCUCCACCCGUGGGAUGGCAGCAGUGAUGCACCGUGCAAAGGCCAUGCAUCUAAUGAUCGCAGGAGACUGUUCGUAUGUGACAUUUGACCGCGGCGCUUCUGUCAGAGGCGCACCACACGCACAUUCUUGCUGAAUACGUUUUCAGUUCUUACAUAGUUCUGUUUUCUUCUUUUAUUCUCUCGAAUUAUACGUUUUUUUCGUUUGUUUUGGUUUCUUUCGUUUGCUCUGUUUUCUUUAUUUUUGGUUAAAUUAUUGUGUAUGAGGAGAAAAACAUUGCCGAACAGGUCCCGACAGACUACGCCAUUUGUUCCAAUUGGAUAAACGAAAGAAUUUGACAAAAAAGUAUGAAAUCAUUAUUUGCUUUUAUAUUCAGUAUUCACAAAAAGAAAACAUAAUAAGAAAACUGUUUACUUUCUUAACGUCUGAUUUAUGUUACGCUUUGUUCCUGUAUUUUUUAGUUUUCGCAAUGAUCAAACACACACAAGCACACCCAUAUAACAUCAAUAGCAAAAACAUGUACAAUUUGGUUUUCGCUCGUGCGAUAUGACAGGUGUAAUUUUCUUUUUCUUUUCAUUAUAAUUUCGUUACUCAUUAUGGCACAGAUUCGCGCGAAAUGUCAUCCCUUAGCCCAGCUAGAGUGCCGUGCCACAUUCUUGUAUUUGGUUCUGCUUACGUGGUUUUGUGUUAUUAUUGUUUAUUCGGUUUAGUUAAUUGUUGUUUUCGUCCUCUUCAGUUUUCUAGCUCGUAUUAUAGUUUUAAUAAUUUUCAUUUUAGUCCUGCUAUUGAAGCAGGACUUUACUUAUAAGUUGUGUACGGUUCAUUUGGGUUUUCAUUGCAUGAUUUUUUUUAUCUUUUAAGUGUAUAAUCAUUUUGUUUUACGUUUAUUAUUUCUUUUAAUUUCUCUUUUCUUUUUUGUGUGUUUUCUUUUCUUUAUUUUUAGGAUUUAUGUUAGAAAGAAUUGAGAGUGAUGUGUGCAAUAGGAUGUGACUAUGUUUUCUUACUUCCCUUCUUCUCACUUUAUCUUAUCCACUCUUAUUCUUACUUUUGCUUAGAAUUUAAUUAUGAAAGAAGAAAGCUAAACUCUAGAAUAUCUAUAUAGCGAGUAUGAACAGAGAAAAACAUUAUUUAUUUAAACAGAUUUUCAUACUUAUUUAAAAAGUUAGUAUUUUAAGCAUAAUUUCAUAAUUUAUUGCGUAUUCAUCAUUGAUUGUAAAAAAUGAAGAAGCUUAUUAGUUUCAAAUUUCCGGCCGUUUCGCAAGUUAGCGCAGCAUACUCUGUUUGUUUGAGUAUCCAUUUUACAGUGAAGCGUGGAAACACAUUUGUUCAGUUCCUUAUCAAUUCAAACACGAAUUACGAGUAGGAUUGCGACAAGAUCCAAAAACAACAGUGGAGAAUCCAACAACGUGACAAAACAUUUGAAUCCUGUAAGUACAAAUCAAAUGGUUUACGGAAAAAUAAACAAAUACUCAUUUUGUUGGAUUGUCGCUGGCGUGGAAGUGAAAGUGUUGAAUUAGAAAAAUCACUCCAUACGAAAAUCUGUAUCACCAAAACCAACACCACGUUCUAUACAUAACAAGGUAGCUUUUAGUUGAAUUCAGAAUUCAGUUCCCAUCACACACCAUAUGAUGCUUGUUGUUUGUAUUUUUCUCUUACAAAGGAGGCAAUGUUUCAAACAUUUAUGCAACACUUUUACAAUUAAUAACAAAGAUGAAAAACCACCUUUAAGAGAAUAUCGAAAUGACUCUCAAAACCAAACUUUUCGAAUAAUAUAAAUGAACAUAAAGCUGUAAAACUGGCAGCCUGGCGGUAGCAGCAGCAGCAGCAUUAGCAACGGCGGCAGCAGCAGAAGAAAACCCAUUAUAAAGCUUGUGUUAGUAAUUCCUCUUAUCUCAUUUGUGUUAGUUCAUUAUCAAAUUUUCAAUAUACAAAAAGAGGGAAACUAAUUCCGCAAUAAUAGCAAGCAGAAAAAGUAACGGCUUACUGAUAGAAACGUCAACUGAAUUUACGGCUUUCAUUUAUCAUUAUUUAUAUAUUCGAAUUAAUCAAUGUAUAAUUUCAUUUUCCCGAAUACGUUCUUGUGUACAUACGAAAAUUAUAAAAGAAAAUCAAUUAUUACAAUAGUAAAAGAAGCAAAAAUAUGAAAUACAAUAAAAAAUUAUAAUUUGA